AUGGAUGGGUUCGUUUCUUCUCGACAGCUCUCGCCACCAUCGCUUCGCUUCAACUUUCAGAGACCUCUCCUCGACGAACUCAGUUUCUUGAAAUGUAUCACCUUGCCGCCGGAAUCUUCAGAUACCUCACCGUCGGUCACCUCAACUCCUUUUCUUUCGCCGCUUCAUUUCGCUGCUCGACUUGGAACCAUCAAAUCUGAACCUCAUCUCGUCAUGGUUCUGUCCCGCUCCUCCGCCUCGCAAUCGUCUCUUACCGCCACCGCCUGUAGCUCCGAUGAACGCAAUCUUCCUCUGAUAUUUUUCAUUAUCUCCGGUAUAUCUUUUGCGUCUGGUCUGCGACUGUUCUCUGGUCUCAUCCAACCCGUCACAAUUCGUCACCUCCGCAUCACCAUUGUCACUCCAAUCUAUGUCACUUCCUCUACAUCAUGUGCCGAGACUCGACAGGGCUCCGACCAUCUUUUGGACUUGGUUUUGUACGCAGAAUCGUCAAUUGUGAAGUGUUCGUCUAAAGUGACAACCCCUCCAAAGAUUUGUCUCAGAUUCAACAUUGUUUUAAUCGACUGUCGCAAUGUCUCAACAACUAUUGUGCAAGAGUGUGGACUCGCCAGAUUUUUCCGAAACUAUGUUAUCGCUGCGUCUCCAUCACCCUUAAUGAUGUCGUCUCAAGCAUCGAUGGACUAUGCCGUCUCAAGCAUCGAUGGUUCUUCACAGAGUUGUUUUAAUGAUUCCCCUACCCUUUCCCAUGUGAAUCAUUCAACCUUAAAGGCUUUACCGUCGACAACUCUACGUGUAGUCCUAUUCCGACAGUCUUUCCGUGUCUCAUUGCAAUGCCACCUACAAUUAGCAUCUCCUGAUUCUGUCAACUGCUAUCUUUUAGAAGCUGUACCGUCGACAACUCUGUGUGUAGUCCUAUUCCGGCAGCCUCUCCGCAUCUCACUGCAACAUCAGGAGAUCCAGACUUCUUUAGAGACAACUUUUAACUAUUUCCAAAACCCAUUGAUUGGGUUCUUCAACGUCGAUAUCGACUUCUUUGUGUUCUAUCGAACGCGGGCUCUAGAACUACAAGUGAAGAUUUUCUGUGGAUUUCUUCUCUCCUUAGCCACCUCUAUCUUCCGUGGUGUUUUAAUUAUGUUAGCUUAUCAUCUUACCGUCGAGUAUCUCUCUGGUUGUAAUCGUCCAUCUGGUUCUUGA